AUGAGUUCUGUGGACGAGUGUUUGGAGAUGUUGUGGCAAGGCGAAUAUUUAAAAGAAAAUGUUUUUCGUGAUGUGAUUUAUCCAAAAGCCAAAGAAAUUCUAUCUCAAACCGAAAAUGUGUUGUCAAUAGCCCUUCCAAUCACCAUUGCUGGCGAUUUACAUGGCCAAUUUCCCGACGUUUUAGAGCUUUUCAGGGUCGGAGGGCGUACGCCUGAAACGAACUACAUAUUUAUGGGUGAUUUUGUAGAUCGUGGAGUCAAUGGGAUCGAAGUCUUUCAGUUGUUGUUGACUUUGAAGGUGAAAUAUCCCAAACGCAUCAACUUACUUCGAGGCAAUCACGAGACUCGUCAAAUUUCCCAGACGUAUGGCUUCUAUGAUGAGUGUAUGAAAAAGUAUGGCAAUUCCGAGAUGUGGAAAAUGUGUUGUGAACUUUUUGAUUUCUUGGCAUUGUCAGCAGUCAUAGACAAUCACAUUCUAUGUGUCCACGGCGGGUUAUCUCCAGACAUUAAGACCAUCGACGACAUAAGGAAACUGGAACGAGUUCGUGAGGUCCCACAUGAUGGAGCGAUGAGUGACUUGUUAUGGUCUGACCCCGACAAUGAUACAGAGAAGUGGCAACCCUCCGUCCGAGGUGCCGGGUACUUAUUUGGGAAAGAAGCGGUCGAUGAGUUUGUCCGCGUGAAUGACCUGCAGUUUGUUGCAAGAGCUCAUCAAAUAGUGAUGGAAGGGUUUGAAUGGAAAUUUGAUGAAAAAGUGUGUACGGUGUGGUCUGCGCCGAACUAUUGUUAUAGAUGUGGGAAUAGAGCGUCAGUGAUGGAGUUGGAUGAUAUAGGAAAUCGCAGUUUCUUGUUAUUUGAUGCGGCGCCAGAGAAUGAAAGAACUAAAGAGUCGCAUCAGGAGUCAUACAAAACGUUUUUAACGAUGGACCAUUACUGA